CCCUAGCUCACUCAAAAGGCUAGUGGAGCACUACAAGAACAACAAAGGAUGUCGGGUCCUUAACUAUAAGGUCUAACACAUGCAUUGAUCAGUUUUCCAAAAACAACUCUACUUACGUUGUUGCUACUAUGCCUUAUUAAAUUCCAAGCUAAGGUAUGUUUUGCCAUUUUAAGUAUUUCAUUUUUCAAAUUAGGUAUGAUGGUUUGAAUUUAUGGGAUAGAUCUUGUGAAGUAUGUUUAACGUAGUGUGCGAAGGACACAUGGAAUCCCUAGUGGCUAGUGAAUGGUGAAUCUAUUAAAAGAUAGAGCAAGGAAGCAAAUGAGUCUAUCUAAAUCAUUAAUAAGGUGGCUCUUAGAGCUGCAGGCAAGCAUUGCAACUAGAGAAGCUCCCACUCAGAGUCAGGGAAGUCACUGCUAGCUGAUGGUAAAACAUCAGCGCUUGCCUUCAUUCUCACUAACACAGGAAGCUAGAGGUCUAGAUGCUGGUCCUCAACUGGUGCAAAAAUUGAUUGGCUUUGGAGACCAUAGGACCGCCGACAUUGUGGAUAGAAUAGCGACUGAAGAAGUAGCACAUGUGGCAGUUGGUGUAUACUGGUUUCUUGCUGUUUGUCAGAAAAUGAAUCGCCCACCUUCAUCUGCUUUCAAAGACUUGCUGAAGGAGUAUGAUGUGGAGUUGAAAGGACCAUUUAACUAUUUGGCUAGAGAUGAAGCAGGGAUCCCAAGGGAAUGGUACGAUCCUUUGUCAAUAAAGAAACAAGAAGAUCAAACUCAGCUUUCUGAGGUGUAUGACAGACUGGCUUGCAUAAUAUCAAUGGAGAAGGAAAACUCUAACAUUUAAAGUUGAUUCAAACUUGUUGAUCUGGUGGAAUCAAAGCGUGUGGAUUUCCAGGAAUCAAAGUAGAACCAGAAUUGAUUAUUUACUGCAAUUUUUUGAGCUUCUAUAUCUUGUACAGUUUGAACUGCGCUGUGGUUGGUGUGCUGACAUCAGAUAAUAUAUUACUCCGUAUCUAUCAUAUCGCUGUGGAGUAAUAUAUUAGUAAUAGUAAUUAUAUUUGCCAGUAAUAUACUUCGUAUAAGUGUAUAACACAUUGUCCUUUGUGCUGUAAUAGUUGUAACACUUUGAUGUGUACACUAUCCCGAUCAUCUAUUUUAACCAUAUCUUAUUUAUU